UGUAUCGUUCGCAUGGUUGAAUAUUCGAAAUGCUUAAAAUUACGGGAUUAAUUCUGUUUGUGCUCCUUGCAGCAGUAUCUGCUGCUUCUUUGCGAAAUGUUAUAACAAAACCGGUAGAUGAUGAGGGGCGUGGACGUAUUGCUGGUGGUUUGGAAGCGACCGUAAAUCAGUUUCCUUAUCAAGCUGCGUUGUUAACCCCAGAAGGAUUAUAUUUCUGCGGUGCAACUAUUUUGAACAAACGCUGGGUUGUCACAUCGGCAGCUUGUGUUGCUGGACUGACUGCUCAGGAUUUACGCGUAUUCGUUGGAAGUAAUCGCCUGACUGAGGGAGGAGUCCUAAGCCGUGUAAGUCGAGUUAUAACCCAUCCAAACUUUAGCAUAGAUGUUUACGCGAAUGAUGUGGCCGUUGUUCAAGUGGUGAACACUUUCCUAUUCAACGAGUCUAUUCAACCUAUUGCAAUGAAACAAGAAUAUGUGGAAGCUGAGGAAAAUGUGACUGUAUCCGGGUUUGGUCGUGAAACGAUUUCAGAUAAUAACACUCCCGAUGUUCUACGUUAUUUAGAAGUUGAGGUAAUCACGCAAGAUGCAUGUCAAGCUGCGUUCACUGACCCUUACACAGAGCGCUUAGCUGAUAAUACCCUUUGCACUCUCAGCCCUGAAGGUCAGGGCAGCUGCCUUGGUGAUGCUGGAGGACCCCUGGUAAGCGGCGAGGAAUUAGUAGGAGUUAUCUCGUGGGGCAUUCCCUGUGGUUUAGGCAUGCCAGAUGUCUACGCUAGGAUUUCGAAUCACAGGGCCUGGAUUUUAGUGCACACCAUGGUUUAAACUAGGAGUCCUGUUAAUCUCUGUUGAUGAAUAUUCACUUGUUUAAAAAGAAUUAAUAAUUAUUCUUUUAAAUUUAUUAUUUACCAAAA